AUGACUUGUGGAGAUAUUGGACAUAUGGAUGUGUGCACAGUGAUUGACCAAGUUUAUGGAUAUCUUGCUUUGAACAAUCUGAUCUAUGAAUGUGUGACUUGUUAUGUUACCUAUUUGGUUUGGCAACCUGUCAGAGAUACUCUGCGUAUCAGCCAUUCCAUUUACAACGAUCUGUGUUCUCCUAGUCGUAUUCAGGCAAUCACAAUCAAGUAUAAUCUGAAUGUGGAUUCACUUUGUUCUGGUACUGUGAUUGGAUUUGGAGCAACUGGUCAAGUCAUUCGACUCAAUGACUGCAACAUUGUUGUCAAACAUUGUGAUUCCUACAACAAUCUUGAUGCAUUCAAAAUGCUAAUCAAAUAUCAAUUUACGAAAAGCUUGCCAAACUCAAUCUACAAUAUGUUGCACGCUAUUAUGGAGAAUGAUACUUUUUCCAGAUGCGAGUGUAUGUUUUGGAUUAUUGUAUGA